UAAUCCCCCUUAUACGACGUCUGCUCCUCUUCCCCCAAAUACCCCGUUUCCAAACCCUCCUUCGAACAUUCUACCUAUUUCUCCACCUUCUAAAACCGAAGAUGCUCUUGUUAAAUUAACCGAAGCUAUCAAUAACAUGAUGACAAAGCUUCAGGAGACAAAAGAGCCGCCCCGUCGUGGUCCCAACAAUUGGAAUACUGGCCCCCGAUUUCCAUGUAAUCGUUGUGGUCAGAUGGGUCACUACGCCAGGACUUGCCCAAAUCCUCUCCCCCAGAAUCCUAGAAAUGGCGUGGCCACAGGAAGUAACGCCGUUCCUAUCAACCGGAAUAAUGCCACCCAGAAUAAUCCCCCACCUAACAACAUUAACAAUGGAACCCCAAAUCAGGGAGGA